CUCCCCUCCCCCCGGCUCUCUCUCUCCCUCUCUCUCUCUCCCCCUUCUCGACCAGCGAAAGCGCUCCCUCUCUCUCUCAGUCACUCAUUCAGUCAUCGCUCAUCACUCAUCAGAAGCUAUUCUCUCUCUCUCUCCCUCUCGCCACGGCGGCUCCUCCGUAAACAGUCCGGAGAUCCCGUUGCUUCUGCCCUUCCCUCUCCUUUUCCCGGCGACAUCCGGCCGACAGCGGAUGGCGUACAUGUGCGCCGACAGCGGUAACCUCAUGGCCAUCGCCCAGCAAGUCAUCAACCAGAAGCAGCAGCAGGAGCAGCAGCAGCAGCAGCAGCAGCAACAGCACCACCACCACUUUAAUCUCCAACACACACAUCACCAUCACCAUCAUCCCCACCACCCCCAACAGCUCCCUUUCAAUGUCAGCCCCUUCUCUCUCAGCCCCUGGUCUGCUCCUGCUUCUUCCCCGGGCUUCGUCUCCGGGUUAACAGGUUCUUCCCCCUUCCCCGACCCUUUCUCGGCGGCGCCCGACUCCGGGGACCCCGGGUUCCAGUUUCCCCACCAUCACCAGCACCACAGCCCCCUUGAGCAGCCCUCCCAGUCGCUGGGGUUCCGGUUCGGGGACUUCAUGGGCGGGCCUGGCGGCGAGUUCGACUCCGACGAGUGGAUGGAGAGCCUGAUGGGCAGCGGGGACUCCACGGACAGCUCGAAUCUGCCGCCCGAGUUCGAUUUCGGUCUCUACGGGGCGGCUGACCCCUUUGUGCCCGGUCCCAGCCGACUCGGUAACUCCGAUCUCGCCCGGGUCGUCCUCAGCCCCACCGCCGCCCUGCCCUCCUGGGCUCCACCGCAAUCGCAGUCCCCACCUCCUCCUGCGCCAGAGCAGGCGGUACCGAAACCCGCCGUCCCCACCUCGCCUCCGCGCAACCGCAAGAGCGAUGCAGCAGCCAUCUCCUCGACCUCCCCUGAACCAGAACCCUCAGCUCCGAUACUGAAAGCCUUACUGGACUGUGCCCGGCUCGGCGAGUCAGACCCUGACCGAGCUGCGGAAUCGUUGGUCCGGCUGAAGGAGUCGGUCUCCGACCACGGCAACCCAGUUGAGAGGGUCGCCUACUACUUCGCCGAGGGCCUGUGUGGCAGAUUCGCUCUGGGUACUGACCAGACCCAAGACCCCACCCGCACUUCGCCAGAAGAGUUCACUCUCUGCUACAAGGCCCUGAACGACGCUUGCCCCUACUCGAAAUUCGCCCAUCUUACGGCGAACCAGGCCAUCCUCGAAGCCACCGAGCGGUCCAAGAAGAUCCACAUCGUCGAUUUCGGGAUCGUUCAGGGUGUCCAGUGGGCUGCUCUAUUGCAAGCCCUAGCCACGCGCUCCUCUGGAAAACCCGACAAGAUACGGAUCUCCGGCAUCCCCGCCCCGGCUCUCGGGGACUCCCCUUCAGCCUCCCUCUUGGCCACGGGGAACCGCCUGAGGGAGUUUGCCAGGCUUCUGGAGCUCAACUUCGAGUUUGAUCCCAUCCUCACCCCAAUCCACGACCUGACCCGAUCGAGCUUCAGGAUCGAGGAGGGUGAGGACCUGGCUGUCAACUUCAUGCUCCAGCUAUACAACCUCCUCGAUGAGAGCUCUGGGCCGGUCAUGGCUGCACUUGGCCUCGCAAAAUCCCUCGGCCCGAAGAUCGUCACGAUGGGAGAGUACGAGGUCAGUCUCAACAAAGCCGGGUUCGUCAGCAGAGUCGGGAAUGCAAUGAGAUACUACUCGGCAGUGUUUGAGUCACUGGACCCAAACAUGCUCCAGGAGUCCCCGGAGAGGGCCCGGGUGGAGCGGCUCCUCUUUGGGCGCAGGAUUGUGGGUUCGGUCGGGCCCGAGGAGCACACAGGAGUAGCCCGGAGAGAGCGGAUGGAGGAUAAGGACCAGUGGAGGUCUCUCAUGGAGGAAGCAGGCUUCGAGUCGGUGCCCUUAAGCCAAUACGCCAUCAGUCAAGCCGAUAUACUCCUAUGGAACUACAACUACAGCUCCCUGUACUCUCUAAUACAAUCGACGUCGCCCGGGUUCCUCUCGCUAGCAUGGAACAAGGUCCCUCUGCUCACCGUCUCUUCUUGGCACUGAUGGGUCGUCCGAAAGUUUCAAAAUUUUUGCUGCUUAAAUUGAAUUGGAUACAUAUACAGUCCUGCUGGGUCUCUGCCUCAUUAGGAGGACUAAUUCUGGUGAUUGAAUGAUAACUAAUGGUGUCGUGUGAAUUACAAAGAACUCGAAGCCUUCUGGGAUUGGAAAAUCUACAUAGGCAGUUGGUUUCUUUAGCAGUAUGAUCCCUUUCGUCUGUUAGAAGAUCUUUCCUUUUGAGCUCUGUUUUUGGUUGGGGGAUUUGAUUUUUGUUAACUUAGGUGAAGAUUUGUAAAGGUUUGGGUGGGCUUAAGUGAAAGUCAAUCAUCAAUCAAGAAAAGAAUGGUUCGUGUCUGUACAUCCGCUGCUUAUUCCUUAGAUGUUCAAUCUAAUUUCUGAUUGUUCAAAGAACA